AUGUCGUCCGAGUCCACACCCACAGUUGUCGUUACAUUUAUUAGGCAUGGCGAAUCUACGGACAAUUUGCGUGAUGUUUGGGCAGGGUGGAAGGACGCGCCUCUGAGCAAUCAUGGUGAGCGACGUGAGGGACUCGAGCAAGCCAAAGCGUUGGGGAAAUCCCUAUCUAGCACUCGCUUCGCCGCCAUAUACGCCUCGGACCUCAAGCGCGCCCUCUGGACAGGACAGGCCGUCCGCGACGCCCAACCGGAUCCGAAGCCUCCGCUCGUCAAGUCACCUCUCCUCCGAGAGCAGCGCUUCGGCGACGCUGAGGGUAAUCCCUGGUCGUGGAACCAGACACCUGGCUUGUCCUUGGAGGAACACUUCGCGCGGGGCAUCUGGCCUGUGCUCCACGAACGCUCGCAAAAGUUUCCCGGGGGCGAAAGCGUGGACGACUUGUAUGUGCGCGCCACACAGGCGAUCAACGAGCUUGUGAUGCCCCGUAUAUGGGAGGCGGCGAGGGAGGGGAAGAUGGGGGUCCACAUCGCUCUCGCGAGCCAUGGCUUGUGCAUCAGCGAGCUCAUCCCAGCCUUGCUCGUACAGGAUGAGAGCGGCACGCACCCCGGAGACAAGUACAGGGGGCUGCACAACACGGCGUGGACGAGGUUGAGGAUUGACGUACUGGGAGCGAAGGAAGGGCAGCCGCUAGACUUCCCGGACAGCGAACCCCCCAAGCUUCGCAUCAGGGUCACCGACGUGAACCGUAGCGAACACCUCGCAGGCGUGACACGUCAGAAAGGCGGCAUCGGCAGUGCGGCUCACGACCCUGCGCAGAAGGAUAUUCGCGCAUUCUUCGGGGGAGCGAGACUUGAGGAGGGACGCGCGGCGAGUAAUGCGCAAGACGAAGCAGAGGUCGAGAUCAACUAG